AGUGGUUCUGACAAAUGAAAUGAAAUGAAAUGAAAGCUGAACUGCUCUGAAGAAAGUUUCUGAAGCUUGGACAAAGCAAGGGGAAAGUAUGAUGGAAUCAUGGGAUAAUCUGAAAACUGGCUAAAAUCGUUCUGAGAAGGCUGAAAUCAACUUUGAAGAGGGCCCUAGCUCUUUGCUCUACGAGAGACUGAAAAUGGGACACUGCCUUGAUCUGAAAGCGGGUCUUGGUUUCCAUGUUGCUGCACGAAAACUAACUGGAGCAUAGCCAGCAGCUGGGCCUAAGGUCAUGUACUAGCCGUACAGUAGAAUUGCAACGAGAACACUCUACAAACUACAUAACUUUUCAAUUGCAACACAUUCUCUGAACUGAGUUACAUCUGGUCAAUGCUACUGUUUCCAGUCGGAAACCUUCCGGCAAGUGGAAGAUAAUGUUGCAAGACUAUUGGAUAUCAACAAGCUACUUCCUUUAAAAAUAACUAUUUGUUUAUUGCGAGCCGACGCAAUACAAUGCGUACUUCAAGCAAAGUACAGUCUUCUUUCGUUGGAACUUUAGAUCCAGAGAGAAGAAGCUGCAGUGUUCAUUCAUCACCAAAGAAGAUUGACUUCUUUGUUGAAAAUCGAUAAGUAUUCAACAUUUCAAAUAUUAAAUAUUUGAGAAAUUAACUGUAGCUAAUUGUUCUAGGAAUAGAAUAUAACUUCCUGUUAUGGAGUAUGCAAGAAAUGUAUUGUUUGUUGAAAAUGUGCAACUCAAAGGAGUUACCUCGUAAAUGCAGAGAAUUUGAUCAUUGCCCCAUUUCUGAGUUAAUUUGAAUAUAUGAUCAACUGAGGUUGAUAACAUAUUAAUAGUUUGGUACAUCACAUCUAAACUAAAUUAACAUGGUAAAACUAAUUUACUAAAUUAGGUACUGGAAUGUUGGAUUCCAUUCUGAAUGGGAAGUUGAAUUAAUUCUUGUGCAUAUUGAUAUGAAACAUGAUUGAUUACAACGAAAAACAAGUAUGGAAAAUACUAAUGCAAAGUAGACACUUUGUGAUCAGCCAUAAUUAAUAUUAGUAUAUUAACCAAGUGUGCUAGUAAUGUUGUGGUCGUUGUAAUCGUUUGAGUAAGAAAUCAAUUAACUGUAUACUAUUCACGCAUAUCUCUAACUAAUUGCCUUUCCUUUCUGUAAUAUUAGAUUUAUUUUUUAUUUUUAAGUAAUCUAUUGUUUUAUAUUUCUGACACUUUUGUGUUAUUGUCAAGGGAAUCUGAGUCCUACAUGAUCCUGAACUUGAGUAAGAGAUCACCCUGGAUUCCCUAAGCUGGGUGGAUGGUAGAGGCACACUACGGUUGGGCAGCAGGCAUACAAAUUUUAAUGGCAGUGACAGAGGCACGAGUUUGAGACAGCAACCUCAGGGUGGGCAGGCAUGCUACUAGCCCAGGAGCAGGUACCAGGCACCAACCUCAAUUGCUGGGAUAUGUGUAUCCAAGAAAAGAUGAUCCAGCUGGCUCAGAGAGGGGGGUGAAGGAAUUAAACAAUUAAACUAUUUUAUUUCUAUUGAUGAAAUCUAUACAGAAAUGUACUGGUGUGUUUGACCUGCAAGAUACACUUUAAGCAAUCUCUACUUUAAAACAGACACAGGCCUAUCUUUCAUCAUUUGAUUUUUUUUUAGGUGUGGCUUGCAUGCCUAUUUAAAAAGGCUUCUUACAAAUACAAAAAACACAUACUGUAGUAACAUUGAACUUAAAUAGGUGAUGUCUAAACAUGAACACUCUGAGGUUCAGUUUAUACAUAUUAGUUAAGAUCAUAAGGUUUUAAAAGCCUGCUAUUUCAACCUACCGGCCGUGGUUUAAUUUGGCCCCAUUUUCUAAGUUAACCAGGCCACCCGGUGCUUUUAUUAAACACAGCAGGAAAUUACAUUGGAGCACAAGUCUACAGAAACUACAGACAUUGGAGCGCAAGUCUACACUAUCCUCCAAGCAGGAAACUACAGACAUUGGAGCGCAAGCCUACACUAUCCUCCAAGCAGGAAACUACAGACAUUGGAGCGCAAGCCUACACUAUCCUCCAAGCAGGAAACUACAGACAUUGGAGCGCAAGCCUACACUAUCCUCCAAGCAGGAAACUACAGACAUUGGAGCACAAGUCUACACUAUCCUCCAAGCAGGAAACUACAGACAUUGGAGCACAAGCCUACACUAUCCUCCAAGCAGGAAACUACAGACAUUGGAGCACAAGCCUACACUAUCCUCCAAGCAGGAAACUACAGACAUUGCAGCACAAGCCUACACUAUCCUCCAAGCAGGAAACUACAGACAUUGGAGCACAAGCCUACACUAUCCUCCAAGCAAGCUGCAUAACCGAGCUCCAAACCAGAACAACCCGGUAUAACAAAACAAACUCACCAGUCUGCCCAUGGGGCCCCUAACAAAGAAGACAUCAUUGCAUAGAAAGACAUCACUAAGUUCUAUAGAGGCUACCCCCCAGGACAACAACAAUAUUAAGUUUGGUUUAUUAAUAAAAAAGACUUGUUCUUCAACAACAAAAUAGUUAAAGAUGUAGCACCAUUGAUGGCUAAACUUCCGUUUUUUUCUCAACUUUUACAUAUACAAUUACAUUUGUAUUAUUUACACAGAAUGCCCUGUGUAUGUUGAACCUGGCUAGAAAACCCUAGCCAGGUUCCACAAGACACCUUGAAAUGAUGAAACUAAAUGAAUAUUGACCCAUUGUAUUAAGACAUUACCAAAUAAUCUAGCAAGCUACAAAUCAGUCCAAAAAUAGAAAAGCUAUUCAAACAGCAAACAUACAUUUUUGGUUGCUUUUUUGGGGUCUGAUCUUCUAAUUUUCUAACUUUAUUGUAAGAGUUGUCAGCAUAUGAUUAAAGCAUUGACAGAAGUAUAAUACCCUGGAAAGAUUUUGAACAAAGGAAACUAGAACGUCCUUAAUACUUAAAUAUCACAUGCAUAAUAUAAAUUAGGGCAAAGAAUAUUGUUACACACACAGAAAUGGAAUACAAAAUAUAUAGCUCAUUACAUAUAAUUAAUUACAAUCUCCUAAUGAUUUCAAUCAAAUUACUACAUAUAAUUUGUAGUCAUUUGGCCAAAACCUUGACAUUUUAUACUCAUUUGGUUAAACACUUUGCUUGACAGAAUGGCUGGAAUGUAGACACCAUGUUGCUAUUUAAAGAAUUCAAGUCAUAAAAACCCCUGGUGGCUCUGUAUAUAUCCUGGUUCAGGCAGCGACAGUCAUUUGUAUGGAUGUGCUUUUUUACUUUUGUCAGUACCAGGGGUAGGCAAGCUUGGCUCUUCCAAUAAAGUCUACUACAGACAGUGAUGAUACAGAAUUUGUUUAGUUCAUCGAGGCUGGAUAAUCCUGAUCCAAGUCUAUUUCAAACAGAAUGUAUUUAUUGGUAUAUGACUGCAUAGUGAUAAUAUUGUCAAAUUAAAGUGUUCUACUCUUAUACAGUACCAUAACCUCUGGCAAAGUUCUGGUAUACUGUAGGAAUCGCAAUUACAUCUUUUAAAAAAGUAUUUAUAAAUGAAAAGUUUAACUGCACAAGCAUAUGGAUGGCAAAUGAAACGAUCUGAAAAAUAAUGAUAGAUGGAAAUAGAAUGAACCACUACAAAGCUUUUUUUUUUUUUUUUCCUCACACAGAUUGAAACAGAAUAUUUUUACUCCUCAAACCCACUUGCUUUAAGGUGUCCACAGACCAAAUGUAUAAUGCAGUAGAUCCCUGUAAUAGAUUGAACUGCCGUAAGAUGAAGCUUUAAGGGCAGAGACAGGAAAGAUAGAACUAUGUGAAUCAAUCAGACACAAGGUGGGGGAGAGUUUGCUGAUGAUGAUGUCAGUUGUGUAUAGGGCAGUCCUUCCUCAUGAACAUAAGUUUUAAAACUUCCAUUACAUGAAAGUGAAGACAAGUGACCAUUCUAGCAAGCUUUCUGAUCUAUACAGGUAAUGCAGUGAUGAUCCAUCUUAAAUGGAAAGCUCUGUUUCAUUGUUUGAUACAUUUGGCACACAAGGAUGUUGAGGGAUUAAAGCAGUGAAAAGUUUACCUUGUUGAGAAUUGAGGAUGUGAUGACAGGUCAAGCUUUAGUUUUUGAACUCUGGGGGUUUAUGUAAUGUUUAUUCCACCAUGCUUUGUCUAAUUCAGAAACAGUCCUUACACAAAGUACAAACACAAGUAUCUUGAAAUUGAAAAUAUCAUCUUGAUCCUGAUUAAAAUACAAGUGCAGUAUGUCAGUACGACACAUCCGCCAUGGCUGUAAAUUCAGAACUAGAGCUGUCAGUAUGAUGAAAAUGUUGAUGUUGCCAUCAGCUUGCCUCCACUGAAAUCCAGGAAGAACCUUAUCUGAAACUUCUGUGUUUGUAUAACACUGGGCCUCCAGCUAAUGGCAAGCGUUAUUAUAGCAAGACGUUAAUGGUGACUUAGACCUUACGCUGGAAAAUAUAGACUAUUUAUUUUAGACAGCAUUCGCAUGCAAGGCAAGCCUAAUGUUGUUUCCAUUGUUUUAUUCUGGCCUCUUCAGAAAGCCUCAUUCAUUACAGUAUUUUACAAGAAACCACAGAAACCAUCAUUUGGUUGCAUGGGCUAAAACGCCUGCUUUCUCUAAGCUGUGCUGAAAAUGUACAGAAUUUUAGUUAAAUAGCCUAGUUUCAUGGACAGGCAAUAUAACAUUUAAGAAGUAAAAGAAAACUAUAAAGAUGUCAAAAUGUCACUAUAUGUGAUUAUAACUUCCUUAUUUGACCUUAUCAAAUAAAUAAGUCAUUCUUUAUCGUGACAGAAGAGUGGAAAAUAGGGCCCAGUGUUAGUGUGAUAGCCAGAGCCUCUUACUGAUAGCCCCUUACUGGCAUUUGCAACAUUAUUACUGGACUUACUUUAUGAUGCAGAUAUUUCAACUACAUCUCAAAAUUCAAAGUUGUUCAGUAUUACUCCAGCGGUGAAGUCUGAUACUGUGCUCUACAAAGGAAAAGAUGAUGCACCCAGAAGCAGCAACCUGGACAUCGAAUUGAAGUUAAAGUAGAAGUAUUAUCUUUGCAAACAUCACUACUUUCCAGUGAUAAGAUUUCACAUAGUCAAGAUAUACACACAUCCAGUCUGCUGAUAAACCACUGAAAUUACAGCACCAAACUGUAUAAAGCUUUAGUUUACAGUCCUUAAGAUCAUAACAUUAAAUGCCACUGUUGAAAAGUAUUUAAAUACACAGGUAAUUCUCUUAUUAUAACUAUAGCAGUUAUAACCUCUAGGAAAUCUUAACAGAAAUGAAGGGUAUCUUAAUAGAAACAUUUAAGAAAUACUUGUUUGUGGUUUCUGUUCGUUUUAGCAAUGAUGCAACACCUUUCCUGUAACUACUGUAUAAUACAAUCACUUCCUUAUUAUUUUGCAGGAUCAUAGGUGCAAUUGUUUCCUGUUAACAUUUCAUACAGUUCUUACUGCAACAACCGUUUUAGCAGCAAGCAAAGCGAGCAGUGAAGAGUAUGGUUUAUUCUGACUUUGACGUGGAACACAAGAAGCCCUUCCACCUAUCAAGGCUUGUUGCUUGCUAGCACCUUGUUAGCUCCAGCGCCAAUUGUUUCCUAAUUAACCCACGUCACCCGGGAAACAAGAAGGAAAAUGCCACAGCCAGAUAACAUAAAUUGUCCGUCAAACUUCUCAUCAGACUGCAAUGUAACAUGCAACAACAUGCAACAAAAUGCAUACAGUAUUGCUUUGAUCACAAUAUACAGUGUUGUCCUUAUAGGAGGCAUCACAGGUGCGAUACUCAUGAUCUGCAUCCUGAAAUCAAACAUAAAGUCUGUGACGACAACUGCUGUCUUAAAUCUUAUUGCGAUACAUGUCGUCUUCCUUCUGACUGUUCCUUUUCGGAUGUAUUAUUAUGCCAGCAAUAAUUGGAGCUUGGGACCAGUCUUCUGCAAGCUGGUCAGUGCUAUGAUCCAUGCACACAUGUACAUAGCUUUUGUCUUUUAUGUGACUAUUUUGGUGAUCAGGUACCUCACGUUUUUCCAGAAGACAGGCAGGGUGGAAUUCUACAGAAGACUCCAUGCUCUGGGCUAUAGUGCAGCAGUGUGGGCAGUCAUGCUCAUUAUUGUUUUACCAGCCUGUAUUUCCCAGUAUGGAAAUUCCAAAUUGUAUUGUAAUACAACAUGUUUCCACUUUCAGGGAGAGCUUGAGAAGUCAUGGGUGCGUAUCGUGAACUACACAAUGAUUGUCAUUAUGCUAACUACAGUCUCUGUAUUGUUCUGCUGCCAGCUGUACAUAUUAUGGAAAGUUGUAAGACAGCAUAGGGCUGCCUUGUUUGCUCACCAAGAGUUCUGGGCUCAGGUAAAAAGUCUGUCCUUCGUGUUAGUAAUGAUAAUCUGUUUUGUUCCAUACCACAUGUUUAGGAUCUAUUAUUUACAACAUGUCAAAGACAGUUCCUGUCUGUCCCAGCAAAAUGAGGUCUAUCUGGCCCUCACUGCUCUCAGCUGCUUUGAUCUGUUGACCUUUUUAGGAAGAGGCUCUUAUUUAUACUGCCCUGCUUCUUGCACGUCAGUGAAAAGCAUAUUUCCUUGCUGCUGAAUCCAUAUCCAGUCAAAUGUGGGUGAACCAUAGUAACAAGGUACCUAGGGUUCUGGCCUAACAUGGACCUUAGCAACACCUACGUAUGUUUUUGUUCACAAAAGUGGUCAGUGUCUGUUUCAAGGAAUGAAAGUCUACAGUCCUAAUGCAGAAAGCAAUAUCAAACAGUUCUUGAGAACUACCAGAGCUCAUGAGCCAGGGAGCCCUUUAGGUCAAACCUCUACUGUAGAGUUUGAACGAGUGAAGGAAAUACGACCUUUCCCCACAAUAUUCAGUUAGUAAAGAAAAAAGACGAAAUGGUAAAAACAUUAGAAAUUAAUAGGCAGCUGCUAUUAGAAAGACAUGCUUACGAUUAGGUGAAAGAAAACUGCACUUGGGAGAUUGUCAAGUAUAACAUCAUCAAGCAAUCAACAUUAGCAAAUCACCUCCAUGAGAACAUGCUAACUGGGGCUGGAAAAAUUCAAAUUUAGACCACUUUGAUCUCACAGGAUUGUCCCCCUGCUUCUGUGAGGUACCUGGAGUUAUUUCAGAUGUAACACAUGCUACCUAAACACUUGCUCUAUCAUUAGCUUAAAACAUUCAAUUAUCUUUGUUUCCAGUAGGCACGCUAACAGUAUGUACCAAUAUACAAUAUUCUGUGGGUCCAUGUUUAGUAAUGUAAAUUACAUUAAAGUAAACCCUUCUUUCAGUUGUAUUUUUUAUUUAAAAAAAAUGUACAUGCAUAAAGUGUUAAUUAAAAUAAACCAUGCAUCUUC